UCUCCCUCUUAUAUCAAACCAAACUCACAUAUAUUAUAGAAAUCAGUUAGUUGACUUGUUUUUGACUUUCUUUUUCUCAACAACAACAUAAAAAAAAAAAUCUAGUGAUUAGCUAACUAGUAGUGUUUGCAAGCCAACUUUGCACCUAGCUCAUAGCUAUAAUCUUCCUGACAUUUUCCUAAUAUACUUUUUUUUUCUUGCUUUCACUUUCUCUUUGUAACCAUGGAGGCUUUGUGUAGUCUAAGUUCUUCCUUCUAUGUAUCAAUAAAUAUAGUGAAAUUGUCUAAUAAUUGCGAUAGGUGCCCUGUACCUAAGAAGAUCAACAAUGUGAUCUAUGGACAAAGUGGUGGUGGAAAUGCAGUAAAAGCUAGUAAUCUUUCUUCUGUUAUAACGGAGAGAUCAUCGAUGCUAAGCAUAAUUAAUAGCGAAGAUCAUAAGCAUUUGAGUUCAAAUGGUAAUGGUAUUGGCAUUAUCAAAUUCAUUAGAGGCAAAACAUUUCUCAUUACAGGUGCAACUGGUUUCUUGGCUAAAGAUCCUUAAUGCUUACAUAUUCAAGAACCUCAAACAAGCCCAUGGGAAAUCUUACCAUACUUUCAUGUUGAGUUGAAGAUGAGAUAAAGUUGAUUUUGGAAUCUAAACAAGCUAUAGAAGAUAACAUAGUAGGUCAGAAAAUGAAAGAACUUGGAUUGGAGAGAGCUAACAAAUUUGGGUGGCAAGACACGUACGUGCUCACCAAGGCUAUGGGAGAGAAGAUCAUUGAUAAAAUGAGAAGCAAUAUACUAGUUGUAAUAAUUAGACCAAGCGUUAUAGAGAGCACCUAUAAAGAACCAUUCAGUGGUUGGAUGGAAGGAAACAGGAUGAUGGAUCCAAUAAUUCUAUACUAUGGCAAAGGGCAACUCACCGGUUUCCUUGUAGAUCCCAACGGAGUACUAGACGUGGUUCCAGCUGACAUGGUUGUGAACGCAACCUUGGCAGCGAUUGCAAAGCAUGGAGCAGGAGGAAAACCAGGGAGUAAUGUUUACCAUGUUGCUUCAUCUGUUGUAAAUCCAUUAAUCUUCAAGGAUUUAGCUACAUUGCUUUACGAUCACUUCAAUUCUUCGCCAUAUAUUGACUCCAAAGGAAGACCAAUUCAUGUCCCAAGAAUGAAGCUUUUCAGCUCAAUGGAAGACCUGUCAUUCCACCUCUGGCAUGAUGUAAUUAACAGAAGCGGACUAACAGAUACAUCUGAUACUAAUACUAACGGAAAGUUAUCAAAGAAACUCGAGAAUCUCUGUAGAAAAUCAGUGGAACAAGCGAAUUACUUAGCACAUAUUUAUGAACCAUAUACUUUUUAUGGAGGAAGAUUUGACAACAGCAAUACUCAGAGUUUGAUGGAAUGCAUGUCUAAAGAAGAAACACGACAGUUUGGUUUCGAUGUAGAGAACAUAGAUUGGAAAGAUUACAUCUCUAACGUCCACAUUCCGGGGCUAAGGAAGCAUGUUAUGAAAGGAAGAGGGUUAUGCAGUACUACAUCUUCAUAGAACUCUGCUUAUUAGAAUUGUUUACGUUUUUUUCCUCCUCAUAGCUAUGUGAUUUAGAUGAAAGGAAAGUUCAGCCUGUUAAUCACUGAUGUAAUAACAUAGCAAUGAAUGACAUAUCUAUCACUCUUGAGUUGUUAUACUCGCGUUGGAUCCUCCAAAAAGGUACUAUGUACUUUUAAAGGAUCCGACACUCUAUAACAAUAGACUCAAAUUCACAACUUAUAUCCCUACAGAGAAAACUUCACAAUUUUCUCAUAUUAUAUAUAUAUAAAUGUAUCCUUUUCUUUA